AAACGAGAAGAGAGAACCGUCGUCUAUGCUACUCCUCCGGAAGAUACAUCAAACAGAGACGGCAGAGGAAUCGUGGAACCGCCGCUUACACGCAACGAAGGAGAGGGAGAUGCGGCGAGGGUGAGUCUUGUUGGAGCGUUAGAGAAAUGUGACCGGGACUUGGAGGAGCUUCGAAGAACCAUCAACGUCAUCAAAGCCACAUAUCUACUUCAGAAGAAACUUGAGAUUUCACCACCAAUGUCGCGUACCG